AUAUAAAGAAGAUAAAGCAGUACCUUCAGGAUAGUUGCCAUUCCCGUGCUUUGACGUGCUUGAUUUGUAUUGCAUCUGUAAAACAUAUUGAUGCUGUAAGCUUUUUCUUUUCUUUCCUUAUCAUCAAUUCAUUGCAAAUUAUCAAUCAGUAAUUUUGGCUUAUUAACAUUUGCCGUUUGAAAUGCUCUUUUAUUAUUAGGUUUAUAUUAAAUUAUAAGUUUAUAAUACAAAAUGUAUAGAGGUUUAUUAUUAUAUUACUAUAUAUAAUAAUUAUGUACAUAUUAAGCAUUUCCAUAAUUGUAUGAUUAUUGAUAUACCGGUACUCCUAGCAGUACAGCGGUUACAGGACACCCUUUUUGGCGUUUUGCGGAAAAUCGCUACUGCGCGCUCAAUAUCAGUCCGAUUUUCAUCAAAUUUUCACCAAAUGUUCUCCAGUGCAUGCAAAAUAUGGUACAUGCAGUUGUAAAAUUAACAAACAAUAAAAUAAUGUAAGAAUUAUUCAGGAAAAUCUUAAAUCGCGGUACCGUUACGCUUUUGAGUUAUGCUCCUGCUGGUUUUAAGUUAUAUUUAUGAAAAUAUCAUUUUUAUACAGUAAAAUAGUUGUUCUAAAAAAACGUGUUCGGAAAUUUUUGUUUAUUUCGUCAUUCCGCUGAUAUGGCGAUUUCUUUGACGACUGCAAUAUAUUUCUGAAUUGUUUGAGUGAAUUGCUCUUUAUUUUUAAAAUAUCCAAAAUUAAAAAAAAGCCGAACACAAUUUUGAAACUGACGUCUUGAGCUAUGUCCUGUGAAAAUGUGAGAAAAAUUGGUUAAAACCCGCAGGAGCACAACUCGUUUGAAAAUCAGUAAUUACCGUAAACAUUUUCGGGAGAAAAUUGAAUUUGAAUAUUACAUUUUCAAUGCUUUUCUUAUUGCAGCGAAAUGUAUUUUAUUAAAUAACUCCGCGAGUUUUCAACAUUUUUCGUUCAAACUUGGUCAGAUAGUAGAACUAGUCUAAUGCUUUCAUGGAAACCAAUAAAAAAUUUUUAGACAAAAUUAACACUCAAAGGUGUUCUGUAACCUUAAUAAGAUAAAGAUUAAUCCAGAAGUGAAAAAAUUUUAGGACUUUGGAAGUGGGAACCCAGUUCCCAGAAUUUUAGGAUCUACAUUUUUACAGAAAUGUUCAGAUAUUUUUUAUGUUUGAUAGCUAGCCAAUCCUGAAAAUUAGACUAAUUGAGUAUCUAUACAUUUAGAACACCUGAUUAUUGAAAUGGUUGAAUACAUAAUCUCUAUAUACUAACUUCAGUUGAUACCUAAAUUACAGUGGCACAGUUCCAUAAAAAAUAUUCGUAUAGCCUGCAGUAGGAAAUGUACUGUUUUGAAUCCUCUAGUAAUAUAUAAUAAUAUAAUAUAUUAUAACCAGGGAUGCCGGAACCACGGGUGCAGCGGGUGCAAGUGCACCCCUUGCCUUUUGCAUUUUCAACUUUGUGGGUGCAGUGCGGGUGCAGACUAUGGGUGUAACGGGUGCACAAAACUUUUACAACAGACAGAAUUAAACGUCGUUCGAGGAUGUGUGUGGGGGUGUUCCACCCCCCAGUCAGUCAUCAGGAAUUCGGCAAAAUUGUUAUCCGUUUGGCGAAAGGUGAAACGGAAAGCAUUACUUAUGGAAUUUUUGGCGAGAAAUUACGGCGGAAUUGUGCCUAAAUAAUUGUAUUCGGUCCGAAAAAAUUUGGUGACAGGGAGGGAGGUUGACACGAAUGUAGGAUCAUGACGCCCUUUCAAUUUCAUUGGUGCCCUUUUAUUAAGGAGUAUGCCGUCUUGUUAACCAAUUGCACCCCUUGCCCUCAGCAACUUCCGGCAUCCCUGAGUAUAUAACUAUAUAAUAUAUAUAUAUGAUUACUUUAAAAGUUAUCUUGUACUGUAUCAGUCUAACCCAGGUUCCCAGAAAAAAAUAUUUUCAACCUCUAGAUUAAUCUACCCUAAAUUAUACAGGGUGUAUAAAAAAAGUAUAGACACUUUUGAAACAGCUCUCAAUUUCACAAAUCCGUUCAUUUAAUGAAAUUUUUGAUAAAAUUAUAAAUAUAGAUUGUUUGGGUACCGGUACUUAUAAAUAAAAAUGUAGAAUAAUUAUAAACAAAAUAUUUUCGUAAAGAUAAUAAUUUCAUAUUUUUAUUGUAAAAAUACUAAUUAGGUAAAUGCGUGAAUUAAGCAUGUGUGAUAAUUGGUGGCAAAAAAUGAAACUUUCAGCAGCUAUUUAUACGACUUAAAAUUGAGUAAAUUUUCUGAUAUUAAUUAUUAAUUUGGAGCGUUGAUAAAACACAUAACAAAUUUCUUGCAUUUUGCACGCAAGCUAUUUUUAAUGCUGCUCAAAAAAACACACACCCUCCCUCCUGCUCUUUAAAAUUUAUGGAAAUAUUUUGUUUAUUCUACAUUAUAAAUACCCAAACAACGUGUAUUUAUCAAAAAUUUCAUGACAUGAACGGAUUUGCGAAAUUGACAGCCGUUUCAAAGUUGUCUACUUUUUUUAUACACCCUGUAUAGUCUCAUAAUUAAAUUACGUACAUUAUGUAAAUUUGUACUCUCAUACCAGAAAUUACUGUAUAGUGUAUAAUACCCACUGUAUUUAUUGGUGUUUGUGCAUUGCAUGCUUCGAUUGCGAUAAAUACACUAAUUCAUGCAUUGCCUUUCCAACAGAUCUGGAAUUGCGCUCAGUGCUAUAGCAUCUUUCACCUUCAAUGUAUUCAAAAAUGGUCGAACGACGGCGCCAUUCAAAAUUUGCCUUUAUCCCAGGAACAUUUUCCCAAUCAGGAUGUUAUGUGGUUUUGGUAAGUUGAAUCAUACGAUUUUAUAUAGCUGUGAAAGUGUGUCAGUUACAUUUCGAUAAAUGUGGAAAACUUUGAGGAACUGACUUAACAUUAAAUGCUUGUGUAUAGCUCAGUUGGUCAUGCAGAUCGGUGCUGCACGGGAAUCGCAGGGCUGCAGGUUCGAUUCCUGCCAGAGGACCUAUAUACUAGUUGCAUUCUUCCCAACUGCUCCUGGUUAAAUCUAAUAAAUACUAGAAAUUUCCAUCUACAAAACCCUUCUAAAUACAAGCAAGUCUAUGUUAUUUUAUUUUUGAUAUUUUUACCAGAAUAUUCAUGGUUAACGACCUCUAGCUAUGAAACCCCACACAGGUUUUUCCCCCAACAACUCAAACUGGCGAGUUCCUGGAUAAUUUGUGUGUGUUUAGUGUAAUCUUUCUAAAGUUCUCUUUCAUAUUUUGCAUACUUUAAUUAAGCCAUAGAGCCGCAUGCAGUAUAUAGAUUAUAGCUUCUUCACGUUCGAUCACCUGGGUGAUAGAUAGAAUAAUGUUCCCUUGCCCUUUAUCAAUAGAAUAACAACUCAAUUAUUUUCCAACUCAGCCCAAAAUGUAGAUGUGAAUAUAAACAGACGGAGCGACCAAAAGAGUACAUUUGUUUCUGUGGUGAAACGGUAAGCGUCAGUUUUAAAUUUUAUUAUACUUCUGCAAGUAAUACGCUCUUUGCAGUUAACUAAAAAUAGUUGAGAACAUCAGAACAAUAAGUGACUGGAGAGCAUGGGGUACUGUAGGAUGUGUGAACAAAGGGUAUUGAAAUGUUUUAGGCCAGUUCUCAAACCGAUGUUCUUUAUCACUGCUUGGUAUCCAUUUUGACUUUUUUAAUCUGCAGAAAGGACUGAAAUACAUUAAGUGAAUGUUUCGGCUGUAGACUUGAAAGGGUGUAGACUUGUAUUGUUCAUUAAUUUACCUUUUUUCCAAAUGGAUAUGAUAUCUUUGUCAUAUAUUAUUAUGUAUUUCAGUUGCAUCUAUUCGUUGUGAAAUAAACUGUUUCUAUUUCUAACUAAAGGUAAAUCCGAAAUUCGAUCCUUGGUCUAUUCCUCAUUCUUGCGGUAAAGUAUGCGCACGUCAACUGACCCCAAAGUGUGGUCACAGUUGUCUCUUACUUUGUCAUCCAGGUAACUGAGUGCUUUUGGACAUUUUCUUAAAUUUGUGUUUGUUUAUAAUGGUAGAAAAAUUAGCAGUUUACCAAACGUUGUAACAGUAUAGACGUGCAUAUUUUAAUUCGUAAUAUAAAUUGUGUUUGAUUAUUCGCAUAUGAAAUGUACUCAAUUUUGCAGAGGUGUAUGUAGUUGCGGCAGUUGCCAUUUGCUCCAUCGGAGUUUUCAAAUGUUUCUGCAACGCUAUUUUCUUCUUUCCCCAAGUCCUAAUUGAUUGUAUAAUGUAUUGACAAUUUAGGGCCAUGUCCUCCGUGCCCGAAAAUGGUCCAAGCCAGGUGUCAUUGUGGUUCCCAGCCUCCUACCAGUCGUCGAUGUUGCGCCAAGGAAUGGUCAUGUGGUAAAGCUUGUGGGAAAACACUUUUAUGUGGACACCACAAGUGUAAAAAUCCCUGCCAUGCCGGUAUAAUUAUUCAUUCUUAUGUGUAGUAUUCAGUAAUCUACAGCUAAUUCAAAAAAGGUUGUCCUUUGCAAAACCUUAAACUCUAAACCAGCUAUUUGUAAAUGGAUUGUCUCGUAAGGAGAUAUUUACCACGUUUCUAAGAAAUGGGCCCAAUAUCUGCUUUCUAAACUGGUUAAAUAAUGCUCCCAUUAUGCUUUGCACGCUUAAAAGGACAAUCUUUUUUGAAUUACCUGUAUAUGGAUUCAUAUAUGUGCGAAAUGUACUUUAUAAUUGCAUGUACUGUAUAGAGAAUUAGUCUUAAUUAUAUUAAAUACAUGUAGAAAGAAAAAUUCUUCUACAUAUAUUACAUGACACUGAUAUAUAAAUUUGAACUUAAUAAGGUAUUAUGCUAACCGGCUUUUCAACAACAGGCCCCUGAUAUAAACUUGAGACAAGUUUCCCGUCUAAGACGAGGAGCUUGUCUAAAUUUACCAUCGUUCAGAGGGGAAAGUCGGACGGAAAAGUUGAUACAGAAACCCGUCAUUUACAGAAUUUACAUGUAUAUCAGACAGAAUGAUGAUGACGAAUUUGAAGUAAAGUCGAAAAAUUACCGGUCCAAACUUGUAUUUCAGGAUGGUAUUAUAUUCUGCGGAAAUUGUAUUAAUUAAAGGACAGUUAUUUUGGGGAAUUCUUUAUUUCACAGGUCCGUGUCCACUUUGCCCCGAGCGAAGCACCCAGAGUUGUAUUUGUGGACGAAACAGGUCAAUUCGACCUUGUGCUGAGCCUCAGUGGCUGUGUACAGAGGUACAGUAAUGCAAAGUGCCUUUUUAUGGCAUUGUGUUGGUGGCAAUUGUACUGUGCAUUUCUCUAUUCUUGUGUCCUGCAUAAUCUAGACUUAGAAUUCGAUUAAUCGUGAAAACUCCGGUGGAGCAAGGCAUACGCCAAUUCGUUCCGAGGCUCUUACCUGGGCCUUGCCGCGGGGUCACGCAUUUGUUUAAAAGCUGCCCCACGCGGAAUAGAUAUACAGUACUUCUCGAAUGAGUACCGGCUGUAAUUAGUAGACCGCAGUAGCAAAUAGAAGAGAAGCUUGCUAGUUUUAAUCUCCUGCAAAUUCUAAUAAUUCUAAUGUGCAAAUUCUCCUCCGUCUUUGUUAACAAACAGUAUCUAAUAUUUUUACAGGUUUGUGGAAAACUUCUUGAAUGUAGUAACCACAGUUGUUCUGACAUUUGUCAUCGUGGAAAAUGUCCGCCUUGUCCAAAAUCUGGAAAACGCACAUGCCCAUGUGGAAAAACAAGUAAGGAUCGUCAGCAACAAUGAAACUCGCGUAAUAUUAUAUAAUAAUAAUAAUUAGUCCAGUCAUGUUUCAAGACAUUAAUUACGAGUUUGAUUGCCUCGGGCUUGGAAAGAUCAUAUGAUACCAGCAAAAAGUAAGUACAUACGACGUCGACGGCAAGAGUUCGGCGCACCUGCGUGGUACUUGGCUGAAACGCCAUUUAUGGCACUAUAAAACAUGCUCGCUGAUUGUUCUGCGCAAUUACAAUAAACGCAUACACAAAAGAUCGUUACAAGUUUUCUUUCAUCUAUAGCCGGUUGGUCGAAAACCAUGCAUGCAGUUAGCUUAAUCCUAGGUUAACAAAAAACGUCAAAGCAUCCCAACAGAAUUGUUUAAUAUAAACAUUGAAAUAUUUCUCCAGAAAUCUUAGGAGUUUUGAUUCUGAAGUCUUGAAAUAAGCAGACAUGCCUAGUACACAAGUUAAAACAGCACGUUGAAUCUUAACCCAUGCAAGGUUACCGCUAAUCCAGCUUUGAACAACCUGCCCUUGGGCGAGAGAUGAACAGCGGCUGCCGAUUUUGAUAGUGAACUCGCUAGCUAGGCAUAAUUAAUUAUAGUCUAGUACUGUAUGCGUCAACGCAAAAUCACUCCCACAGACUUUUGAGGACCCGUGCAGCUAAUUAUACAAGUCCAUUUACACUGCACGGAACAUUACGAAACUUGGAAAAUCGUCAAUCUUUUUAAGCCGUACUUAUUCUCUUUCCUCCGCAGAGGAUUUGGCAAUAGACAAUUCCCAUGCAUUAUAGACUAAUUUUAAAACUAGGCAAGGAGAUGCAAAUAAUUCACCACAGUUAGAAAGAGCAUAUUUAUAAAAUGAGUAAAAUUGCAAAGUUUGGUUGCGAAUGUUGUAAAAUGCGGAAAAUAUAGCCUUGCAAAGUUUGCAAAUUUUGUACACUUUUGUAUUGCGUGCGGAAAUUGCUAUACCAUAUUCGGCCCAAAUGUGGUAGCAAUUUCCGCACGCGAUACAAAAUAUACAAAAUUUGCGAACUGUGCAAGGCUAUAUUUUCCGCAUUUUACAACAUUUCGCAACCAUACUUUGCAAUUUUACUCAUUUUAGUAUGCUCUUCCCGGGAAUAUACUUUUUUUGCCAAGAUAAAAAAGUUAGUAGAGAACCGCUCAAAUUUUCAUGCUUUAAUCUUUCAGCCUUAGAUCUGCCCUGUACUGAAGAUGUCCCACCAUGCGGGGAUACCUGUGAGCUACUGUUAUCGUGUGGUCAUCACAACUGUACUCGGCGUUGUCAUUCAGGACCAUGUGAGACAUGUAGACAAAUGGUUAACAAGAUAUGUCGCUGUGGCAAGCGGGAGAAGUCAAUCCAGUGUUCGCAGGAGUUCAUCUGCGAUAUAAAAUGUCCAAAGUUGAAAAAUUGUCAAAGACACCAGUGCCGUAGGAAAGUAAGUGUAUUGAGUUAAAGUGAUAUAUUUAGUACAUUACGAUAGUGUGCAACAUGAAGUAACAAUUGGUCAUACCUGGAUUGGUAAUGCAUUCUUAUAACUUUCUGCUCUUCAAUUUUGAGUGCAGUAUUACACAUGAAUAAGAAUCAAUGAAGAUGAAGAUCUGAGUUUAAAAAUUUAUUCCAAGGGGACAUAAUUUGGGGGAAAAGGAGGGGUGGAGGGACUUAGUGUAGCACUUUCGGAUGGAUAGAUUGCUAUUCCUGGUUCUAUAUGUCUCUAACACCAGGCACAAAAACGAUCUUGACCUCCCGUACGUUUUUCUCUUCUGCAUCAAAGUUAUGGAACAGCCUGCGUGACGAUAUUAAAGUACCGUUUAAAGAAUGCCUAUUCUUUAAACUAACUUUUAUUCCUAGGAUAUUUUUGUCUAAUGAUUAUAUAAUAUUUGCUAGUGUAUUCAACAUUGACUUGUAUAAUCAGUAAUAAUUGUAAUAACAUUAUAGUAUAUACGUAGUCUGGUAGUUUUAAUCAGUAAGUAGUGAUAGAAGCUGAAUAAAUAAAGCGUCUAUUCUCUCGUAAAAUCUCAGUUACCUGAAUAGUGGUGCAACCACAAUACAUUGCGACUUUAAGAUGGCGUCGACAUCGUUGAAUAGUCUGUUUGGUUCAUAACUGUAUAAAUCGAAUUCAUUGCGUAUUUUAAACGAUAUCAAUUUGAUUUAACCAACGAAUUCGUUUUAACAAUAUAGCCAGUAAAAGAAAGUUGAACAGAGCAUUUUUAAUAUUAAAUUGUGUUUUUAGUGUUGUCAUGGCCAGUGUCCGCCAUGUGAACAGAUCUGUGGACGUCAAUUAAGUUGCAAAAACCAUAAGUGUCCUUCCGUUUGUCACCGAGGUAAGCACAAGAUAAUUUUUUUGCAUAUCUUUAAUCGGUGCUGUUCUUUAUGCAUAUAGUGAUACAAUUACAUUACCUACCUAAAAUUCAAUAAAGCCCCAGUCAUAUUUAAUUUUUAAAGAGGGUGUGACGAGAGUUCACGAGUUUCAUCAUAGACAAUCCAGAAGAUGUCUUCUGGAUUGUCUAUGGUUUCAUAAACUCUCGAUGACAGUUGACCAUGCUGCAUGGCAACCCAACUCUCAUCAACUCUCAUGCAACUCGUCCGUCAGAGUAAGCGCCUUUCACCUCCUUAUGUUUUAUUUUCACCUCCUUAUGUUUUAUUUUCCAAGGGUGGGUUGACUACAAAAUAUUUGUAGUUCGCUAUAACUACAGCUACUUCAAAAAUCUGUAGUCAGCUACAACUACUGCUACUUUUGAGCAAAGGUAUAGUUCGCUACUGACUACAGCUACUGCUUAAAACAUGUAGCGAACUAUUUCGCUACUCUAUAUUUUUAGUUUUACUGUAUUUGGAGCAUCUACUAACUCAGGCUGGAAUGUAACCUAUAACAAAUCGAUUUACGAGUAACAACAGUAAACACAAAGCAACAUUUUUGAAAGCACUAGGCCUACAGUGUUCAGGCGUGCAAAUUGACUAUUGAGUAUUGAUUUUAAGCAGACCGUGUCUCAAUAUCAUGCUAUUCUAUCAAGUUACUAACAAUUUUAAAAAGUAGCGAAUAGCGAUUCGUUGUUUGAAAAGUAGUCAACUUCUUGGCUACUUUUAGGCAAAAUGUAGUUCGCUAUAACUACAGCUACUGUUUUAAAAAAGUAGUCAAAAACUACUGGCUACUACAACUACUUCGCUACUACCCACCCUUGUUAUUUUCACCUCCUUAUGUUUUAUUUAUUUUUUGUUUUCCGCCUUAUGUUUUAUUGUACUUUUAAGAAAAAGUCAAAAAUAUUUUUCUUGUAAAAUAUACUUAAUUGUUAUCAUCUGUAAACUUUGUUCAAUUAGCUCAUUAUAUUACUUUUACUUUAAAAUUUUCCUUACUUUAUACUUGUAUUUGUAAAUAUUCCUAUAUUCUUUCGACAUUAUAUGAUUAACUUACCAAAUAAAAAAAAUGUAAAAAUAUUAUAGAACUAGGGGUCUUUGAACAAAAAGCCUGAAAGGGUUUCAUGAAGGCUCCUAGCCCGUCAUAUUGUAUACUUUGAAGAUUGUAAAUAUUAACUUUUCCAUAUGGGCAAAUAAAAUUCAAUUCAACAACUGCAACCUCUGCACGAGUUCGUGGGUUCGAUUCUCGCUACGGACUCGUGUGAAAAGAGUCCGUCAACGCUCUGCUGAAGCCUGAAAGUCGUGAGUUUUCUCCGGGUGCUCCAGUUUCUUCCCACAGGAAAGUUGACAGGGUGGGUUAGGAUAUAAUUAGGUAAGCGUAUAAUACUUGAUGUAAAGAGCAUUUGAUCAUAUCCACAUGUAAAUUUGCGCUAUAGAAAUGUUAAUCGUAAUCUUGUUCUGCUUUAACCGGGGUCAUGCGAAGUACUGACAGUUUUACCCUAACUGAAAUUUAGUUUUGUAUAGGGGUGCACCGGAUUUGGAAUUUUCAAAUCCGGCCGGAACCGGAUUUACCGGAUUUGGACAAAAAUUCCGGCCGGAAUUCCGGCCGGAUUUGCCGGAUUUGAGAUAAACCGGUAAUGGGGACAAUUGGGGAUAAAUUGUGAUAAUUCAGUGUCAAAAUGGCGGUUUAUGUUUUUUACUAUUUUUAGUUAGUGUCAGUUUAGUUUUUGAUUGUGUUUAAACCUUUUUUAAAUAUAUUUUUGUUAAUAACUUAAUAUUUUAUAAUAAUAGAAGUGUUUUUUAAACUUUAAAGCUGCCAAAUUGAUGGUUUAUCCCAUUCUUGGUGAAUUUUUUAAGGUGAAAACAGCAAUUUAAGUCCGGCCGGAUUUUCUCCAAAUCCGACCGGAUGCCGGAAAAUUCGUUAUAUCCGGCCGGAAUUCCGGCCGGAUUUGAAAUCCGGUGCACCCCUAGUUUUGUAGGUACCAGAGAGUAGUUGAACGUCCUUUCUAGAACAUGAAAAACUGAUUAUUUCUCAGUUUUAUUAAUCGUGUUUGGAUGAUUGUAUCUCUUAAAUCAGGCUUUCUUGCCAUCCUACUUUUUCCUACUUUUCUUCAACUUUCCUACUUUUCCUAUUUUUUAUUAAAAAUUGCUUGAUUUUCCUACUUUUUCCUACUUUUUCUCAUAAAAUCCUACUUUUUUAAGACAGCUUGGGGAAUCAGUAUGUUAUAGCUCUUGUAAUUAGAUCUAUAGGACUCGUAAUUUUUAUUCCCUAUUUGUGUCCCAAAUGAUAAGAUCUCAGGAGGAGAAGAAGUACAUUUUCCAAGUAUAAGCCUUCGCCCAUUUAGUACUACUAAAUUGUAAAUUUCGACAUACUAAAACGCUGUUUUCUGACCAUUAGAAUUCUGUCAAAUCUUCCCCAAGUCCAGUAAAUGGCAUUUCAGAGACUCUAACUUUAAAAAUUUCCUCGGGCCUUUGGCCCUCGCUUUCAGCCCUCCCCAAUCGAAAAGAGCUUCCUACGGUCCUGAUAUAUGCUCCUGCCGUAGUGCGGAUUGGUGCAUUGUGUAGCCUAAUACAUGCAUUUGAAUUGUGUUGCUGCGGAGCAGAUGCCUUAGCUUUUAUACCGAUGCAAUUUAAGAGUUUUGAGAAAAAAAUCCUGCAUAGAUGAAUGAGUACAUAAAAAUAUUAAGCACCAAAAAUUCACACAACUUCCCCAUCAGAUAUCUAAUGUUUUGUAUAUUUUUGUGUUAUUUGAAUCUCCAAAACUCCUACUUUUGUCCUACUUUUCUACACAUUUACCUACUUUAUUCCUACUUUUCCUAAAAUUUUAGUCCUACUUUUGUCCUACUUUUCUACACAAGGAUGCCAGAAAGCCUGCUCUUUGGUCUGGUGUUGAAUAUGUGCAUAUUUAUUUUAAGAUGUGCUUUUUAUACAACAUUACUUUUUAUACAGCAUUACAAGAAGCAAUAAAACAAGAAACAAGACUUAGUUUAAUUCGUUUGGAUAAUGCAGAUUCUCAGUUAUCCUUUUCUAUGUUUAUUCUAAGGAUUAUGUUACCCUUGCCCGUUGACCAAAGACGUUAGCUGUAAUUGUGGUUCCACCACGUUGACAGUACCAUGUGGCAGGGAGCGUGUUACAAAGCCACCUAAAUGUUCUCAAGUGUGCAAGUAAGUCAAUCGUCUAAAGCCCGUUUUCCACUAGGUUAAUCUGUUCGCGCAUGCAAAGCGAUCCAAAAAGCAAAUUUCAACAAUGUGAUCGGUUAGUGCGGCAAAGUUUUUCGCCAACCAAUCAUAUUCGUCUAGUGGAAACGGACUUAAUACUAGUCCCAAGUCAGCUGAUCAUGGCAGAAUGUAUAAGUGGUAGAAGUAUGUAUACAUGGGUUUUCAUUAACCAGUGUUGAUUCUGUUUAUUUAGAACUCCUUCAAACUGCCAUCAUCUAAUACGAAAGGUGCAAGUUCUCUACUUUUUGUUGUCUUAGUUUUCUUCCAGUGUUGACGAACAUUGAACUAGGAAUUUCCAUCACGUCGGCACGUCAUUGUUAAAUACAUUGACAUAAAUAAAACAAAUGUCAAAUAUGUUUAUCGCCAUGCAAAACUACAGGGAAUUUAUAUCUUCACUAUAUAUGCCUUGUCCGUGGUCUUAGGCAUGGCUUCACUCCUUCUGCAUUCAUUUUUCGGCCAGUCGUUUUUACACCGUCUUAUUUUUCUUUCAGUCUCAUCGUUGCCACUUCGGGCCAUGUCCUCCGUGUAAACAAAUUUGUGGAUAUAAAUUGGCGUCAUGUGAUCACUCGUGUCGAAUGGCAUGCCACGACAACAAAACAAUUUCUCGUGCUGAGGUACAGUCGGUAAUGUUUUUUUUCUCAGUUUUAUAGCUAUUAGAUUUGUCGUAUAAAUUAUAUUAUCUAAUAAAAAAAUUGGGCGAGCAUGCAUGUGUAUCAUUUAGUAAAUUACUGAAAAUGAGUAUCAUAAGAAACUGUUACAACAAGGUAUACACAUAAUAGGUGUGAAAAUGAAUUUUCUGGCGAUACAUGAUUAAAUGUUUCGUCUGAACCUAUAUCAAUCCAAUGCUGAUCGUUUUUGCUUUUGUAUACAAACCACUGCUGCAUGGUUGGUUUUGCUUUUGUAUACAUGACAAUGCUGGUUGAUCUAACUUCUGUACAGUAUACAUAUCAAUGCUGGUUGUUUUAAUUUGCUUUUGUAUACAUACCAAUGCUGGUUGUUUUAAUUCGCUUUUGUAUACAUACCAAUGCUGGUUGUUUUAAUUUGCUUUUGUAUACAUACCAAUGCUGGUUGUUUUAAUACUAGUCCCAAAUCAGCUGAUCAUGGCACAAUGUAUAAGUGGUAGAAGUAUGUAUACAUGGGUUUUCAUUGGCUUUUGUAUACAUAUCAAUGCUGGUUGUUUUAAUUUGCUUUUGUAUACAUACCAAUGCUGGUUGUUUUAAUUUGCUUUUGUAUACAUAUCAAUGCUGGUUGGUCUAGCUUUUGUAUACAUACCAAUGCUGGUUGUUUUGAUUUGCUUUUGUAUACAUAUCAAUGCUGGUUGUUUUGAUUUGCUUUUAUAUACAUACCAAUGCUGGUUGUUUUAAUUUGCUUUUGUAUACAUAUCAAUGCUGGUUGGUCUAGCUUUUGUAUACAUACCAAUGCUGGUUGUUUUGAUUUGCUUUUGUAUACAUAUCAAUGCUGGUUGUUUUGAUUUGCUUUUAUAUACAUACCAAUGCUGGUUGUUUUAAUUUGCUUUUGUAUACAUAUCAAUGCUGGUUGGUCUAGCUUUUGUAUACAUACCAAUGCUGGUUGUUUUGAUUUGCUUUUGUAUACAUAUCAAUGCUGGUUGUUUUGAUUUGCUUUUAUAUACAUACCAAUGCUGGUUGUUUUAAUUUGCUUUUGUAUACAUAUCAAUGCUGGUUGGUCUAGCUUUUGUAUACAUACCAAUGCUGGUUGUUUUGAUUUGCUUUUGUAUACAUAUCAAUGCUGGUUGUUUUGAUUUGCUUUUAUAUACAUACCAAUGCUGGUUGUUUUAAUUUGCUUUUGUAUACAUAUCAAUGCUGGUUGGUCUAGCUUUUGUAUACAUACCAAUGCUGGUUGUUUUGAUUUGCUUUUGUAUACAUAUCAAUGCUGGUUGUUUUAAUUUGCUUUUGUAUACAUACCAAUGCUGGUUGUUUUAAUUUGCUUCUGCGUAUAUACAGGUGUGUAUAUAUAUAUAUCGAUUGCUGGUUGCCAACGUUUUGCUUUUGUACAAAAUGUCUCACUUGAAGUUCUCGGGAAAAUAACCAAUGACUGAAAGUGGCCUGUCUGACGUAAUCAUGAUAUUUUUAAUUGUACACACGUAAGGGACCGGUCAUUAUUUAUACUCAGGGUUGGGGCCGAAGAGAAAUUAUUUUAACUGCCAAAAAUUCACCUACCCCACCCAACUUGAACCAGAAAUUUGGAUUACCCCACCAUUUUUAACCUUAACCUUUUUAACCAUUUACCCAACCUGGCAGAAAUGGUGCAUUUUGUUACUUUUUACAUUAAACAUUAUUUUGCAGUCAAGACCUUUAACAUCGCCAUGGACAACGAACCAUGAAGAAAAGCAAUCAAUUCCGAUACGUUGUGGACCAUGCAGCGUGCCUGUGAUGAGGUACUUUCGAAAACCGUAUGCAUUUUUUCAAUAAAAAACAAUCUUUUGUUUGUUCUCUUCCGAAUUGAAGCCAUUUUUCAAUGGGCAUAAACCAAUAAACCAUUGAAAUGAACUGGAACGCUAACUUCAGAUAAACUGCCUAUCUUUUUCUUGAAGCCAAAUCUGACCUCCAAACACGCGUGUCUGGAAGUCAAGACUCGUGUUUAUGCCAUUUUAAUGGCCCAACGAAAAUGAAAAAUGAAAAUGAAAAACAGUAAAAGUAAUAAAUGUUUACGUGUAAAAUAAUUUUUUAAUGUUUCGUUUUUACAAUUUCUUUCGCUUUUACCAUUUAUUCAUUUUACAAGAUUCCGCAGGCCCUCUCGAAAUCGUGACCUUCCCAUGACGCAACGAGGGCCUGCGGAGGAGGCAGCUCUUCGCAUGCGUGAAAAGACUCGGACUAGCCUUCAAGUUUGCCUUCAAAUUUCCAGUUGGAGGUAGCGUUCCAGUUAUAUUCAUUUUUAAUGGCACAAACUUACAUUUGUAAUGAGUAAGAAUACCGUAACAGUACAUUACCACGAAUUAUGAGGUCGGCUGAUCGUGGACAAAUACCCAGAACGAGGCUGCCUUCAAAAUGCAUUUUGUACUGAAUUUAGUGCGAAGCCAGUAAUCGCAGAGUCUUUAUUUAUUUCUAUUUCCAUAUCCUUUGUUGCAGGACUUGUCUGGGAGAACAUGAGGUAUGUCAGUUUCUCACAUACACGAGCAUCGCGUUGCAUGAUUUUGUUCGUAAACGCUUUCCACUCUUGUUGUUGCCUUCGGUUUAGUUUCGGAAAAUCUACACUGCAGUAGAUCUACUGAACCUAAGGAGGUUUUGUAGUUGUUGUUUUAGUUAUACUAUACUGUACAGUAUUCAUCUUACUGAAAUUUCUCUGUAAUAUACCUUAUCUGCGAUUUGGUCGAUUCACAGUAAUUGCAAGUGCUCAAUCACCAUAAUAUUAUUGACCAUUUGACCGCAUUAGUUAAUCUAUAUAGCUAGUAUUUGUGAUUUGAAAAUGGUGUCCCAUAUCUUUAAAGAGCCAUUUUCAUUAUAAUUGUUGUAUUACUGUAAUAAAAAAGUUAAUCAACCUCUAGCUCUCUGAUACUCACGACUUCUACAGUAUAUACAGGGUGUCUUAUUUCUAUAUUCCUAGACGAUAUCGAUGCCUUGUUUUAAAGAUGGAGAAUUCAGCUGUGGGCGACCUUGUGGCCGUUUACUAUCUUGUGAUAAUCAUCGUUGUCAACUGCAAUGCCAUACUGUCAUCCAAGCGCCAGAUGAAGAAAGGGUAAUAAUAUGCUUUGUUAUAGCUAGGAUGAGCACCAAACGUGAUUGGCUGAUUUGUGGUCACGUGGCUUUAGAUAGAUACAAUGUAUCCUGCAAGGCAACAAGUGGAAAAUUGUUACCCGUCCCGACCGGCUACGUACAUAAAUAAAUAAAUGCUGGCACAACUCGCAAGUUUAUAAAUUACGAUUUUCCAAAUUUGUGGUAAAAUAAAGAAUGUAAAAGAGAAGAAAAAUACACAACGGGCAACAGGAUACGCUGGUAAAACCGUCUAAGAAGGUUCUUUUAAUUUUAAACUCGUUUACACUAUAUAGCUUUUGGUCAUGAAGUACAAUUGUUAUAUAGCUAGGGUGAACACCAAACGUGAUUGGCUGAUUUGUGGUCACGUGACUUAAGAUAAAUGCAAUGUAUCCCGCCGGGCAACAAGUGAAAAAUUGUUGCCCGCCCCGACCGGCUACGUACAUAAAUAAACAAAAUGGCGGCACAAUUAGAAACUACGAUUUUCCAAGUUUGUAUUCAAAUAAAGAAUGUAAAAGAGAAGAAAAAUACACAACAGGCAACAGGAUAUGCUGCAGAAACCGUUUAAGUAGGUUCUUUUAAUUUUAAAAUCGUUAACACUAUAGAGUUUUUGUCACGAAAUACAAUUGUUGUAUGAAUGUUGUUGAAUGUUGAUUUUUGUUCGUCGUUAUAUAACAAAACGCUUAAUAAUGUCUGUUCCCUCGGGAAAUAGUUAGUUUUGUUUUCCCUCGAAUCUCAAUGUUUCCCGAGACGAAGAGACUCUCGGGAAAACAAUACAAACUUUGUUGUAUGAAUGUUGUUGAAUGUCGAUUUUUCUUUCGUCGCUAGCUAUAUAACAAAAUACUUAAUGUUUGUUCCAUCGGGAAAUAGUUUAGUUUCCCUCGGGAAACAUCGAGACUCUGAGAAAAACAAAACUAUUUCCCUCGGUAGCAGACAUUAAGUGUAUAAUACUAACUUUUUAUUGCUGCCAGUAUUAUACCUCAAAUUGUUAAAUGAGAAAGCUAGGUUUCUACCUCGUGAGCAUGACUUUAGAAUUCUAAAAUGAUGAUAAUACAGUACAGUAAUUACUCUUUCUUAGUACCAAAACUAAAAAAGCUGACUCGUACCCAGUCCCUGAAUGAGGAUUGAAAAAUCAUGGUGCAUGAUGGGAAUGACCAAGGCCCAAAAUUUCCUCACGCUCCUCAGUCCAUUGAUCUAUAUAUGUACUGACUCGUAAUGUAUAAUUUAUAACUUGGACGACUGAGUACGAGCAUGGAUAAUAAAAUAAAUGGAUAGGAAACUAGCUGACGUGACCUAAUGUUUUUACUGGGAUUGAUGGCGUGGUUGGAUCCCUCAACCUAGUUGAAAAUCAAAUUCUCAAAAACGGCAUGUUUAGCAAUAAUACAGCUAAACAUUUUAGUCAAAGAGCAAAUAAAUGUAACCACGCCAUUCUACGAUGAAAACCCUAAGUAUUCCCGGUCAAUUUUAGCAAAUAUUUCAAGCACUAAACAGUGAAAAAUACAUCGCAAAUUUCGUUAAAAUUUGUGACGCCAAUUUCGUAGCUACAAAUGUAAAAAAAUACAAAACAAAGACGAAAAACAUUUACCUUGAAUACUUUGUCGUGGCUUAGGCAUGUUUUUAAAACAAUUAGACCAGUUUACGCUUCAAGAUCACCCUUUUAAAGUGGAAAAUAUAGCAAAACGACAAAAAUGCUGAGAACUUUGGUAACAUUCGCAAUACGCGUGACGUCACGUUUUUCAACAAGGAUGCAGUCAAUGACGUCAGAAGUUUCCAAUCCAUUUAUUUUAUUAUCCAUGGUACGAGUUAUAUCAUUUUUUUUGUGCGACGAAGCAAAGAGUACAACUAUGAAAAUUCUAACAAUUUUUCAACUUUAGUGCGUAAAUGAAGGAUAUUUUGUACUUUCACUUUAAAUGUAUGUUUCAUAAUUUCACCUAGAGUGGUUUAGAUUGCGAACAAUGUGAAAAACCCUGCAUCAAACCAAUACAAUCUGGCUGUACACAUGAGUGUUUGCGACGAUGUCACCCAGGUAAUAUCAAUAUUGUGUAAGAUAAAAACAAUAACAAAACCCCACGAUACCAUGGUGUGCGACACUAAUCCUUUAAGUCUUGGCAUUCCGUGCUAAAGCUCCCUACUUUGUUAUUUUGUUCUGUGCAACGGCAGAAGGUUUUACUCUGUUUGACGCCAGAUUUCCGUGUGCGUACGCACCUAUGAAAAAUACUUAAAUAAAGCCUUCAGUCAUGAAUGCAACGAAUGCAAUAUUUAUAUUCAGCUCCCGUGAGAUACGUCAGCCAGUUUGGAUAGAUAUCAUGUUUUCAAACUCUUACCAAAAAUGCGCGAAAAAAAGAAGAAUCCUUAUAUUAAAACGAAUUACUAAGGUGCGAUAAUUGAAGACGUUUGGUUGUACCUCGCUAUGAUUUUUCCGCGUAUACUUGAGCCUUAUAACUUGACUCAAGGAUUAAGCACAUAAAGUAGAAGUUUCUGAAUGGUAUUCAUUUAGUGACCUUCUUAAUCCCAUCUCAUGUCGUCAGUCCAAUCCAGUGAACUCCUUAUAUAUCUGGAGCGAGAACUCGAGUCCAAAAAAUUGAAGCCAAAGAUGGCGGAAAUUGAAGAGCUAUUGGAGGUUAAGACUAAUAUAUUAUGAUUUUAUGAACUGAAAACUUGAUUAGCGCUACAAUUCGUUAGAAAAUAUUGGAAUUAGCCGGGGGCUAGCUAAUUAAGCUAAUGAACGUGAAUAUGUUCUAAAUGUUUUAGGGGGAAACAAUUACCCAAAGCGUUUUCUUAAUGAUUGCUUGAGACCACCUGUUUGUAGGAACCAAACUAACUCCGAGGGUGAUACCUCUGUUAAGGGUUUUGCAAUAGUUCCAUACAUUCAAGGUGUCACAGAACCAAUCAAGAGAAUCUUAAGUAAUUAUAAUAAUUAUUAAGGUUGCCUUAAAACCCUAUUUGACUUUAGGCCAUAUUUUCGCAAAGCCAAAAGAUCCUGUUGAAAAAAAUCAGAAGACUCAUGCUAUAUAUUCUAUACCAUGCGGUGACUGCGACAAAGAGUAUUUGGGUCAGUCUAAGCGCCAGUUUGGUACAUGGCUAAAAGAACAUCAAAAGGCUGUUUCAACUUUAGACAAGGGAAAAUCAGCUUUAGCCGAACAUGUAUGUUACACCAAACACGAGAUUGCGUGGGAAAACUCUAAAGUAAUUACCACAAACAAUCGCUAUGGUCAAAGACUUUGCCUAGAAGCGUGGCAUAUAAAUAUGAGUCAUCAUGCUUUGAAUAGGGAUGACGACGCCUAUUUGCCAGAGGAAUAUAUGCAUCUUCUUGGCAGGUGACGUCAUCUCUUGGGUAUUUAAGAAGCCACGAUCGCAGUUUUAGAUCACCCCUGAUGAAGACACUAGACUGGAGUGUCGAAACGUUGGGCCUUGAUUACAAUUCGACUGGGCUUUGUAAUCAUUUAUUUAAACCAGAGUAGCGAGCAAAACAUGAUUGAUAUAUACCUGGUUGCAGUGAACGAACAAACUUUAUAUAAAAACUGUUUACGACCUUCAUAGCCAUUAGCCAUUUCCCAAUCGAGCAGAGGACUCAGGGAUGCCGGAACCACGGGUGCAGCGGGUGCAAGUGCACCCCUUGUCUUUUUUGCAUUUUCAACUUUGUGGGUGCAGUGCGGGUGCAGACUAUAGGUGUAACGGGUGCACAAAACUUUUACAACAGACAGAAUUAAACGUCGUUCGAGGAUGUGUGUGGGGGUGUUCCACCCCCCAGUCGUCAGGAAUUCGGCAAAAUUGUUAUCCAUUUGGCGAAAGGUGAAAUCAGGAAAGCAUUACUUAUGGAAUUUUUGGCGAGAAAUUACGGAGGAAUUGUGCCUAAAUAAUUGUAUUCGGUCCGAAAACAUUUGGUGACGGGGAGGGAGGUUGACACGAAUGUAGGAUCAUGACACCCUUUCAUUUUCAUUGGUGCCUUUUAUUAAGGAGUAUGCCCUCUUGUUAACCAAUUGCACCCCUUGCCCUCAGCAACUUCCGGCAUCCCUGAGAGGACUGGGUGUAGUUGAUGUUUGGAGGCAGCCUAGACCUAGGCCUUUACUCGGCUGGUAAUUAUCGCAAUGGUCAUUUGCCUCGUAAAGGCCCAGCCCUAGACCUUAGGGCCUUCUAGUCUUAUUUAUAUUUUUUAAUUUUCAGCGCUUUUUCACAUGAAAAGACUGGGACUAGGUGAUUUGGGGCGGGGCGGAGGAAGCAAGCCUAGAAGGCCUAGUGGAUUUCCCAACAACAAGGCCAAAACUGCCCUGAAACUGCACUGAAACUGCACUGAAACUGCACUGAAACUGCCCUGGUUGCGAAAUGCCCAAUUGUUGCGUUCUCAAACAGAAUUAUUUGCAACUUAACGGCGAAUUUAAACCGAUACAGGUAAAAUAAACUCAUUUAUAGUAUAAACUUACUAUUUUUAUUUGUAUACACGUCUAGAAAAUCGGGUUUUUUAUCAUAAAAGUUCGAAGCAACACUAUUAUUUAAUAUUUUGACAAGGUGUAGCGAAAGCACAAAAUGAGUCAAAAUAUAUACCAAAAGUAGAAUCUUUCAUGAAAUUUUGUCUUGUACACAACUACAUUAUUAUAUAUUUUCUCAAUUUUGGCAAGAAGCAGUCUUGUGUUUGUAAAAUAUACAAACACAUAUACAAUUAUAAUGUAUUAAGUAAAACGGAUACAUAUAUUAUUAGCCCGUACAGUACUGUAUAUAAAAACGUACAUUGUUUACAAAUGGUAUAUCCGUAAUAUUUGAACAAUAAUUUCAAAAUCCUCAUUCGCAAAUAUAGUUAUUCAAAGCAAAACAGUAGAUUGUCUUGCGAAUAAAAGAAUUAUUAUUUUGUGCUUUCGCUUCACCUGUCAACAUAAUAAUCUAAUAGUGUUGCUUCAAACUUUAUAAUAAAAAACCCGAUUUUCUAGACGUGUAUACAACUAAAAAUAGUAAGUUUAUACUAUAAAUGAGUUUAUUUUACCUGUAUCGGUUUAAAUUCGCUGUUAAGUUGCAAAUAAUUUGACAUUUCGCAACAUUAUAAUAAUAACUUUAUGAUAAAACCCCGAUUUUCUAGACGUGUAUACAAAUAAAAAUAGUAAGUUUAUACUAUAAACGAGUUUAUUUUACUUGUAUCGGUUUAAAUUCGCCGUUAAGUUGCAAAUAAUUCUGUUUGAGAGCGCAAUAAUUGGGCAUUUCGCAACCAAGGCAGUUUCAGGGCAGUUUUGACCUUGUUGUUGGGAAAUCCACACUUAUCCACUAGGCCCACAGGGGGCAGAAAAGUACGAUUGUGUUUAUUUAAAAUACCUUGUCAUCAACCAAUAUAUCGCAUAGUUUCAUCCAGGUUUCAUCACGAUGAAAAUUAUGUUGAUUUUCGAUAAUAUCAUGCCUACUACUUCAUGUAAUUCAAACAUUGUAUUACAAGGACUGACCAUAGUAGCGUGGGCUCAUACUAGAACGAUUGACUUUGCUUACACGUACAAAUAAUAGAAAGGGAUGAAACCCCCGAUCGUGAAAUAUUUCGAAUGGAUAUAACUGGCGUGUUUCUGAACCAAAACCUUUUAUUUUUUGUAUACAGUUUAGAUAUGAUACACUUAGCAGACGUGUACAAGGAAAUUUUAAGAAACGGUUAUUAAACCGAAAUUUUUGGGACUACAAUUUUGGCUUAAUUUGUUUCAACGUGCACCGCAACAGGUGGUGACGGAAGUGACGUAGUUACGCACUUAAAAGAUAUUGCGCAUGACGAAAACUAUUUUUCCAACUGAUUCAUAUUAUUAAUCAUAUAUAUUAAAUAUAUGACAAGCUCAUACAGUAUUUUUAUGAUUUAUAGUAUGCAGCUUCAAAAUAACAAUAUGCUCGUAUAAAUUGUCACUCUUUGAAUUGUCACUGAAUUGAAUUCCCCUUGAAGACCUUGAAUUGAAUUGUCACUUAUUGAAAGAAUUGUCACUUAUUUGAUAAUUCAUACAAAGCCUACAAAAUACAAGCCAAAAUGCACCGGUAUUUAUACUACAAAAAGGUCUAUAUUAACCGAAUUAACGAAACCGUUUCAGAGUUUAUUUAAAUUUACUGCCAUUUUUUUCGCCUCAUAAGUGCAUGUAUAGUUUAUUUUUGAAUUUAAAUAGUCUAUUGAUAUCUUAAGUCUGCACACACGGCGAAGACGAGCUUAAAUCGUGACCGGGUUUUGUAGACUGCCGUUUGGAUUUAUACAGUCAUGUUAAACAAAGUUCAAAGUCGUGGAUAUAAUUACGUACAGUUGAUCGAUUCAAAUUAUUGAAAAGCUUUAUACCGUCUAGAUACAAGAGCGUUUGUUGCUUUUGAAUCGGGUGAUUCGCAUUUCUUUUAGUUGACAUUUGACAAAACGUUCCAUAUUAAUAUUUGACUAAUUUGAGUUUGAAUUUCGCAAUAUUUUUUAAAAUUUGUUAUUGUCAUUCAAAUUAUUAACCGUUAAAUUCGAUCAAAAGGUCAUGGAAGAUGAUAGGUCAAUUUUCCUUCAACUUCCGUUCUACUUCCGGUUACAAUGUCGAAUUUACUUCCGUCACCAGUUGUUGCGGUGCACAUUGAACGAAAGAUUUUCGGCGUUUCAUCCCUUUCUUAUUUAUGUACGGGUUACACCCUCGGCAUCCUUUCGUAAGAUGUUCGGAAAUUGUCGUUGCAAUGCAAUAUGUUUGAAUUACAUGAAGUAGAAGGCAUGAUAUUAUCGAAAAAAUAAAAAUCCAGCUAAUUAUGAUCCAGUUGAUCCUUUUAUGACUAUGUCUGCGGAUUGUUGUAAUAUAAAUAUGGGAUAUUGGUUGAUGACAAGGUAUUUAUAAAACACAAUCGUACUUUUCUGCCCCCUGUGCUAGGCCUUCUAUUUUUUCGCUUGCACAUCCUCCGCCCCGCCCCCAAAUCACCUAGUCCCAGUCUUUUCAUGUGAAAAAGCGCUGAAUAUUAAAAAAAUAAUAAAAAUAGAAGGCCUAGGGACGUUUGGAGCGACAACAAGUUACAGUGAGCGAGCUAAAUAUAUAUUAAAAGAUGCCUUAUUAUAAUUGUUGCGUUUCAGGCUGCACAAAUAACUUUAGGAAUGUAGGAAAACUCCUCUGCUCGAUUGGGAAACUUCACUGUUUACGACCUUCAUAGCUAUUGGACUUCUUGGCUUCACUUUUCUCAUAGGCCCAAUGACUGACGUUCUUGCUCCAGACAUAUAUAUAGAGUUCACUGGUCCAAUCAUAUUUCAUGCCAAGACAUGUCAGAUAUAUAGCUAGCGCAUGCUUAAAAGUACAGUUUUGAAAACCUUGAAAAAUUUGCUGGUCAUAAUAUGUUACCAGUAAAAAGUGAGUAUAGAUAGUGAGAAUACCGUUUGAACAGCAUACUCAACUUAUGACGCAAAUAUUUGUAUUUCACGUAUAGGCGAAUGUGGUGAUUGUAGACAAAUGGUUAAACGGCAAUGUCAUUGCUCCUCCAUGUCCGUGUAUGUCAAAUGUUGGUAUGUUUAGAUUCAUUUCUGAAAUAUUGCGAAGUUAAUAACGACAGGCUAUAGUUCUGGAUAUUUGACAGUUUAUUCUGCGAACUCAAUGAGCUGAUACGCACCUCGUCUUGCUACCAGCCAUUUACGACCAGAGUGAGUAGGCCAUCAGUUUUAGAGAAAUUCGAGUUAAAAAGCCUGUACCAUUCAAUAGACCAUUCCCAUUAUAGACUAUUUUUAAAACUAAGCAAGGAGAUGCAAAUAAAUCACCACAGCUAGAAAGAGCAUAUUAAAAUGAGUAAAAUUGCAAAGUUUGGUUGGAAAUGUUGUAAAAUGCGGAAAAUAUAGCCCUUGCAAAGUUUGCAAAUUUUGUAUACUUUUGUAUUGCGUGCGGAAAUUGCUACCAUUUUUGGCCCAAAUGUGGCAGCAAUUUCCGCACGCAAUACAAAAGUAUACAAAUUUUGCGAACUUUGCAAGGCUAUAGUUUCCGCAUUUUACAACAUUUCGCAACCAAACUUUGCAAUUUUCCCCACCCGCUCCCCAACUCAAUGUUGAGUAUAUGUCAUGGUAAAUGUUGUUUCGAAGUUGUGCACAACAUUGAACUGGAAGGAGAGAAUCAAAUUUGACUUGUCGAUAUAUUUUAACUGAUAGAUACUUUGUGCAAUAUGGUCCCAACCAUUUUGUUCAGGAUUGCAUAUCAUAUACGUAUUUAUUUAAAAAUGUUCACAUUAUUGAUGAGUUCAUCUGCAUUCCAUUUGACCAGUGAACUUACCUCGUCCGACGAUUCUUCAACGAAAUUGCUGCUCUCAUGUAAAGGUAAUUGUCCUAAGAUGCUGAAAUGCGGUCACCAGUGCUCGCUGCAUUGUCAUUUUGGACCAUGUAUUGAUGCCAAAGACUGUUCUAGGAAGAUCGUGGUGAGAUGUCCUUGCAAAAGAUUAAAGAAAGUAAGUCUAACGAAGUGUUGAAUAUCUGCGUAGACAUUUUUAUUAUAUACUCGUGCUGUUGUUCCAGAAUCCUUUACCGGCUGAUAGCUUCAGCAAAUCGGGGUUUUCAGUUUAGGCCGGCGAACGGCGAAUUUCGCCAGACUUUUUCAUUCAGCCCCACCCAAAUUCGCCAGAGCUUUUACAUAAAUAUAUAAUCCAUGUGCACGAAUUGAUUGUGAAACUUAACUCAGGUCCAGUCUACAUAGUCUAGGCUUUUCCCUUUCGCCAUAGCUUCAUUGCCAUUAGCCAGAGCCUCACACAAAACUGAAAACUCUGGCAAAUAUAUAAAACUAAUGUUAUUCCGAAAAAAGCAUGAUUUUAACAAUACAUUUAUUUUAGAAACUGUAUAUUUCGAAUCUUAUAUUUUGAUUCAUCCUGUACACCUGCAACAUUAUACUGGAAUAAUGUUCUUUAUAAAUCCUAGCAUGUGUGUCAGGCUCUAUGCUUGAAAUAAAGCCUGCUACUGAAGUUAAUAAAAAGUGGAUUUAUGCGUACGAAUCGUAUGCAAAAUUUCCAUUGGUCAGAAAUAAAUAGCCUUGCCUUUUAAAGUGAUAUCAAGUUGUUGUUUACGUAACAUGAUAUUCCGUACUUGUAAUUGUACUUUUGGCCGCAUUAAUUACUGCCUUUGCUGUCUAUGAACACAGUCAAUAACCGUUAUUACUAUUUAGUAUGUAAUUCCUGGGCGUUUAAUGAAAACUUGGAAUAUUUCUUUUCGAGAUAUUGGCGGGAAAAUUGGCCGUUACAGUAUUGUCAUAUUUUAAAUUAGCUUUGAUAAUCUAAUUAAUAAUCGCCGUUUUGAUUGGUUAGGCUAUAAGUCCAAUUGUUAUAUAGCUAGUGUGAACACCAAACGUGAUUGGAUGAUUUGUGGUCACGUGACUUCAGAUAAAUGCAAUGUAUCCCGCCGGGCAACAAAAGUGAAAAAUUGUUGAGAAAACUAUAGAGCUAGCCUGCGAACAGGCUCUCAAGCUGAAUUGAGAGCCUGCAUCGAUGACUAAUGAAUUUGAAUAUAUGCGUCUCAAAUCGUGACACGAAAUUCUCAUUGGUCAGAUGCUAUAAUUUAUAUGUUUCCGCUGAGCUCUAUAUAUGUCAACUGCUGAAGCACUAUGCAUAAAAAAAAACACAUUAACUGAUCAUAUUGGUCUUGGCCGUCUUAUCUCAAAGCACGAAAUGUUCUGUUUUGAGAAAACAGUAUUUAAAACAUUUGAACUUUUGCUUGAAUAUCUUAUAUUUCGAAAAAUAGUGUAAACUGUACGGUCUAAAUUUAGUUUGCACGGUCUAAAUUUAGUUUGCAGGAAAGUUGUAAACAACACCAUAUAAGGAUAGACAUUCCAUAUUUGGAAAAACGAACGUUACGGGGCAGAUAUUCAAAUUCAUUAAUCAUCGAUGCAGGCUCUCAAUUCAGCUUGAGAGCCUGUUCGCAGGCUACUAUAGAGCUAGAGCCGCCACAAACUAGAUGUGUUGUUAAAAUGUGUUGUUAAAAUGUAUACUUUUUCGUAUAAAUGUAUACAUUAGUUUUAUAGUGUUGUUGAUUGCUCAGCUUCGGUUAUCAUUGCAUUAUUCACCUCCGGACCGAACCCCGUUUUGUUCCGGUUAUACAGGCGAGCAAAUUUUUUACUAUUCACCACCAUUUUACGGGCAUUAGUCGAAAUUGAUCAAGAGUAAAAACCAAGUCGCCGUGACAAACCACUGGUUAAAUAUUUUUAACAAUACGUUUAGUCAAACAAAAUGUUCAAAUUGAGAUUUUAAUUUCCCUCGCUGCAUGGUAUCGAUCAAAAUAUAACUAGACUACUAGAUAAAAGUAUAAAGUUUAUAUAUAACGAUCAGUAACAUUUUAUCAAGAGUGACUCCGCUAUGAUUUUUAUUAUAUUUAAUCUGGCCUCCUGGGUAAAUGUUUAAACCCAUGCAUUAAAUUUGCAAGUAAGAUACCGCGACAUUUCCAGCGAUGUCCUUCCUUCUGGUCGGCUAGUAGGUCAAUGUUAUCUCGAUAAUUUUUGGGUAUUGUGAUUAUUUCUAUGUACAGGACUACCCAUGUUCUGAAGCCCAAGGUAUUUCACUUGAGUGCAAUGAAGAGUGCAGAAAAAUUGUGAUGAAAACAGAAAAAGAACGAAAAGAACAGGAACGUAUACAGCAAGAAGAAGAAAUGAAAUUACACAAGGUUUGUACACUAACAUGUAAUUAUAACAUCUAGCUUUCAUAUAUAGAUAUAUAACUCAUGUUAGAUUUAAUAAUAUAAAACAUUUUCCGUGUUGAUAUAUAGUCGCUCUCCUCCGCAGAGCCUUACGAAUUUUUAGUAAAAUUACGUAAUAUUACUUGGGAAACAAAUUACGUAAUUGUUAGUCAAAACGCGCUGGGUAUGACGGGAAGACGGAAGAUAUAUAGUUAUAUCAACACAAGUGGAAAUUGGGAAAACGAGAAAUUGUGUGGAAACACGGAGGGCGGAUAUAUGGCACGAAGAAAUAUAAAGAAAGAACCGACCGUUUUAAAUGGCUUAAAAAACGACCCAUCUAGAGAGUUCAUUGGCGAAGUAAUUUUAAAAAUAAACGUUGUCUAAGCCGAGAAAGUCAAAGCUAAAGUUUAUGUAAAUGAACAUGAUUUUUUAUCACAUGUAAAACCACCGACACGGCAGUGAUUUCCAUCGUCUUUUCUUCGUGAAUUAUUAAUGUUUUUUUUUAAAUUUAUUUACUUUUACACUCUAAAACACCUGGGAUAAAAUUUUCUGGUUAAACGAAAAUAACAUGCACUAAUAGGUGAAGUUAACUUUCCUUGUUACAGUUCCUAGUUAUUAAUCUUUUAAUAAUACUAAGUCUAAGAGCAGUCCAAUUAUUUUUGAAAUUGCACUGAAGUGCAAUUACAGUCGUGCCAAUAGAAGCUUUCCGAAAAAUGUUGAUCAAUUCAUUUCCUAACUUCGAGGAGUUCCUCUGAACAAUUCCUCAACAAUUUGAUAAGUUCCUUAAUUAAAAAGUUACUAACUUCCUGUUUCAUUGACCAAUCAGAUUUUAUAUUUUAUUUUUGAGCAAUCUGAUUGGUCAAUGAAACAGGAAGUUAGGAACUUUUUAAGGAACUUAUCAAAUUGUUGAGGAAUUGUUCAGAGGAACUCAUCGAAGUUAAGCCUGGCGCACACGAUGCGAUUUUAGUCCGCCGAUAAAAAUCGUUUGACGAAAACUAACAAAAUCGUUGUGUGCGGUGUCAUUUUUAACCGAUUUUUGUUGCUCGAUUUUAAUCGGACAACAUCAAAACGUUUUGAUAUUAUACGAUUUUUAUCGGUGGAAUUUUAAGUAUAACCAAUCAGACUUCAUGCUGUGAUCACGUGCUUGUAUUUAAUAUUUAUUUGGCAACAUGGCGGCUACAGUUCAGGGAGCAUAUUUUUUUCGUAAUCGUGUGCGGAGUAUACCGAUGUAUAUCGGUAUGUCAAACGAUUUUUAUCGGCGGACUAAAAUCGCAUCGUGUGCGCCAGGUUUUAGGAAAUGAAUUUGAUCAACAUUUUUCGGAACGCUUCUAUUGGCACGACUGUAACAUAUUACACUCCAAACCAUGCUAUUCCCUUGCCAGGAAUUACUGUUACCUUGCCUGGAAUUUGGGUUAAUUUAACCAAGAUCAAUAACUUUCUGGAUGAUAUACCCAAGAAUUUAACCUUGAUCGGUUUGUGCCAGUGUACGUUUAGUGCCGAUAACAAGAAUGCUUUGGAUAGAUAGGGAUGCAACUCAGGGUCUUAGCUAGAGGGCCGUGUUAUUGCGGCCAAAAGUGAAAAAACACGGCUAGAUAAAAUGAACGCGGCUUCAUUAUUUAUAUAAGGCCGUAUGUGUAUGUUCAUAAAAUAAGGUGGUGCUACAGUACUUACAACAGACAGAAUUUCUUCCAAUUUACGUCGUAAGAAAGUUUGUAAAAUCUACUGUUAUUGUUAUUGAAAUGGGAACUGUAUGAUGUUAAAAUGUUUAAAUACCCCCAAGAGUUGCUGAAAUAACUUAAUAUUCUAAUGUCACUGCGCUAUAUGAGCGUAUGCUCACCUUGUAUUUGGUUGCAAAGCAUAGAACAACCACAGGCGUUGUCUGGUGUAACUAGAACCGUGAAUUUGACUAUUCAAUUGACAUGUGCACACCCUGGUCAUUAGAAACACGCCCAAGAUCUAAAAUCCUAGCUAAGACCCUGAUGCAACUACCUGAAAAAUACGAGGAAAACGUUUCGAGCGAAGGAUGUAUGUAUGUAAUUCCUUCGAAGGGCCCGACGAAGGGCCUUCGCUCGAAACGUCGAAGUUCUCCUUGUAUUUUUCAGGUAGUUGCAUCCGUGCCAAUCCGAAGUUCGGUCAGUUAUUAUGAACAGUGACAAACAAGGCCACGUUCCAUCUUUGUAUAGGAAGAAGUUGAGAAGUACGAGAGAAAAAAGCAAGGUCGUAAACGACGUCCUCGUAAGCAACAGGAGGAUGUUGAAGAGCCAAGCUGGUUUUCAGUUCACCGAAAUGUUAUCAUUGCCACUGUGGUUGUUGUUGCAAUACUAGCUGUUGUAAUUCAUAUUGCUCUUGCCGAGUAGUAGUUCGCUUGGCUACACCUGCAACUUAUAUACUGGAAUAAUGCUCAACUAUUGACCGAUUCGGUUACUAUAGAGCCGCUACAAUUUUUUCAUUAUUUUAUAUUUAUAUGCAUUACCAGGCUAAUAGACAAUUUUUAGCAGAGUCUGCUAUUUAAGGCAAAGUGUAAGUCGUUUAGGAUUGAAAAUACAAGCGAAAAUAUAACUCUUUGAAAUGUGUAAAAAGCACCAAAACGAGGCUGGUCAGUCUGCUUGGCUAAAUCUAGCAGAAACUCCGGUGUUUUUAAGAUUUAAUUUCUCAACGAGAAUAUAUGGUGUUAUAUUUAUAUUUUGUAAAACUGAUAGUUUUGAAAUAUCCUAUAAUUAGUGCCUAAUUGGCAAUUCCAGCUUUUAGUUUAUGCCUGCAGGGGAUGAUGGGAAGUAAAGUAUCAUAUUACUGCUUAUGCUGAAAAAUUUCAAAAAAAACUACCGAAACAACCGAAAUAUUUCAAUAUUUACAAGUAUAAGUUAUCACUCCGUGUUUACACGGCCACCAUUUCAAUUUUUUCAGCAUAAUCAGCAAUGUGAUACCUUACUUCCCAUCGUCCCCUGCACGCAUAAACUAAAAGCUGGAAUUGCCUAUUACCUUGGUUGAAAUUCAAUUAAUCUCGGGAGAAAAAAGAAUGACAAAUAUUUUUUCGAAUCGGUAUAUUAGUCUGCUACGUUUAGCCUGCAACUCAAUAAGAAUCAAAUAUUUGAAAUGACGUAAGUGAACACUGUUACAGUAUUUUACUAGGAGAUAUACGUCUAGUAACAUAAAUAAUAAACGAGUAAAGCAAGAAAUCCAAAAAGUGCAUGUGUUGAAAAACGA